CGAGGCGGUGUCAAACGUAUUUCCGGUUUGAUCUACGAAGAGACCCGUGGAGUUCUGAAGGUUUUCUUAGAAAACGUGAUCCGUGACGCAGUCACAUACACCGAGCACGCCAAGAGGAAGACCGUCACCGCCAUGGACGUCGUGUACGCUCUCAAACGUCAAGGCCGUACUCUGUACGGUUUCGGAGGUUAA